AUGCUUAAGCAGGUUGAUGAUGGUCUGACUUCCCCCGAGUCCGCUCUACUGUGGUCAUUUUUCAACUUCAAGCUUGCAACCACUUUUAUCGAGACCGAGGAGAGACAGAAAGGUACUUGAUUUUCUGGCCACUAACCAUUCUUUGAAUUUGUUUUUUUAUCAGCUAUACUCGUGCCUUUUUUAGAAGCUUAUUUUGACACGUUCGCUUUGGAUUUUGCUCCUCUGCGGUCGUUGUUAAACAACAGCUCCGAAAAUCUGCCUCGUCCACGAACAGACAUUAGACAUGCAAUCUAUCUUUCUAACGGGUUAACACUUCCAGACUGUUUUGACUGAAGUCAUGUCGAAGGUGCUCAUGUUCUCAGUUGAACCGUUCACAGGAAACACGAUACCAUUUCAGUCCUGCAGAGGUCUAACAAGGUCGCGCAUUUUGCACACAAUCGGUUGCGCGAUCAAGAAAAAAGUUUGCUGCCCGGUCCAACCCCAUCACAAGUGACAGUGCAGAUUCUCACUGGCUUAUCAUUUUAUGAAGUUGUGUGAUGCUGCCUACUAUCUAUUCAAGCCUGAAGGCGCCCUGUGGUUCUGCAGGCUGUGAUCGCGUGCCAAAUAUGGGAGUAUUCAUAGUUUUCUGGUGAAAAGGUUCAUGUCUUUUUCACUUUUCCUCAUAUUACUUUCCAAAGACUGGUGUUCCUCACGGGCCUCCGAUCCUUUGCAGACAAGAUUCCUCCAGGCUUUUUCUAUUGCUAUGGCGCUAAGGUUUUAGUCAGUGACCAGUUACUUCCAACUUCAUCAUGAUUUGAUACCGUCUUUAUUACCUAUCUAUGAGUUCCCGGUUGUUCAUGUUUUGACGAGCUGUUUUUUUCGGGCAGAGAUACUCCUAUCAACGGUUUUUAAUUCCACUCGGAAGUUAGCAACCAAACUAGUACGUAACUUUCUGUGGGCCGGACAGCAUUCGUCUGGAUUAAAUUCUAAGUUAGAUGUUUCUGCAUAUCUCAAUUAUGAUGCCUGUCCCAUCAACUGAACGCCGGGUACAUGCACAUGGUUAUUUUCAAUGAUAGAUCAUAAUUUCCUUGCUUAGGACGUCAAAAACUGCGCGAAAUUCUGUCUACCCUGCAGUCCAGACCCACACUGGCAGGAUGUUUCCAGGCGAUCGAAACCCUUGCUGCCUCUACUGAGACAACGCGGCCUGAAUUAGACGACGUCAUUGCUUCCCUCCCACGCUCCGAUCUACAAACUUUUGCCGGUCUGUUGCAGUCUUGUUUCAACUCCCUAGCUGUCGUCUCGGCGCCCUCUUCACACCAACCCGACGCGAAGGAAGAGGCAAGACCGGACACCGAUACCGAGUCAACGGCUCUCUACUGGCUUCGUAGAGCAGAGGCAGUCUUCCAGAUCUACUUCCGCCUCUUUGGGGGUCACAUUCAAGACAAUGCACCCGAGUGUUGGGAGAGUCUGGGCUUUUUUGACAGCCUUGAUGCCAGCAAUCCCACUGGGAGAGACACGAUCGAGCUGGUCAAAGAGCUCAUGUUUGAAACAGGCUACACGACCACUCUAUUCAUGCUCGCUCAGGUAGGCUUUUGGUGACGACCUUGUUUUUACUUUUAACUGCUCAUAGCGAGUGGGUUGUCUCUUGACUCCUUAUCCUUUCUAAACCAUCAUCAAAUGUUGACACUGAGGCGAAUCUUCUUGCACACGCCCGUACUUACUAGGGUAGAACAAAUAUCGACUGAUUGAACGUCGAUAUAACCCUGUUACUGAUAUUGUUUAAGUAGCACUCAUGUUAUACAUGGUUUUGACGGGAGACAUGGAAGCAUUUGGCCAUUGUCUCUGGUCCCAUGUUGCCGGGGCAAAUAAAAAAACAUCUACAGUUUUUUUUGCAGCGACGUGAACUUUACUUUUACUUUAGGGAGCCUAUUCAAUCGCUGAAAUAUUGGCUGUGUGAAAAAGCCAGAUCGACUCGAUUGCAUCGAGUGCUCAUGGAGGUGAGGUGGAGGGGACUGCGGAAAAAUACCGUCGGGGCGCAGCCCUUCUUCAAGACCAUGUGUGGUCAGAAUAGGAUGGUGCCUUUCUGUCUGUAACUCGAAGAAGAUUGGUUAGGCCACUUUAGUCUUUCGAGGUGUCAAAUCUUUCACCAAUUUGGUCGCGCGACGCUACAUUUUCUCAAACUCUUUCGUGCUUUUUCCGAGCCUCAACGUCUAUGCUGGUAACCCAUACUCCAUGUAAUGACGAGCAACUGUACCGUAGACCUUCUGAAAAAGGGGGCGUGUGCAGUCACCUUUAGUGCUCACAAGGGUCAGGUGAGAGGAGGUACCCCUGUAAAAUCAUCUAAAAUGACGUAAGGUUAAGGGACCUUAUUUGUUCUUUCGUCCAGCACUUCGUUUUCCUAAGACUUUUUUCUGUCAAGGACCCCAUGCCUGUAUGCCUGUCGUGAAUUUUUCCGGAAGUUGUUUUUGGAAGGCUAUAAAUCCUCCCCUGACUGUGUGGCCAAUGCUUCGUAAUUUUUUAGCAGGCUGUGCCAAAGUGAUUCAACCGGUCAAGAAGGUAAGUGCAAACGAUCCAUGUGACCGUCAGGGUGGGAGACAAGACCCUACUUUUCGCACCUCUGUUCUACGGCUUGUCAGGGAUCCGAUCGGAGCUGAUCUUAUCAACUCGCAGCAAGCCGGCACGCGACAGGAUUGGCAAUAGCUACUCCACUCUUGAUUGUUUUGUCUCCAACACCGCUGGAUCUGGAAGAGCCCUAUAGGUCGUAUUUUUCGCUGCUCUCCAAAAAACGUCCUGCUUUUUAGGAUGUUUGUCUACUUUUUACUGCUCUUGUCGUCCCAGACACUGAGCGUGCAACUCUCCGUUUGCGUGGAUUUAAUCAUUUUAUCCUUUUUUUUUCACCUAACCAGGCUUACUCCAAUGACGAUGAAAGGGCAGAAGCGGCCAAAUACUGUCAACAGACGCUACAACGCCAGCUGCAAUUUGCUGAACGCACUGAGACUCUGCUUACUCGCCUUGGCGUGGAGAACCACAAGGCAGCUAGUACGGACGGCGACACGGUGGCGGUACCGCCCAGUGAUUGGCUAGUCUCCUCCGUGGUUCGAAUCGACCCAGUUGAGUGGGCAACCAAUGCCUCCACCCUGGGCGAAUACUAUCUGGCCUGUGGUCAAUACGAAGCCACUUUGGAAUGUCUCCUGUCAGCAUGGACGUAAGUGCAGCAUAGCCAAGUAAUCCUGCUUCCGUGUCUGAUCCGAUAGCAAAGAUUUCCUGCGCUCGAUCCAAACUUUUUACCCCUUCACUUUCGCCAUAGGCCCACCGAAACGGCCACCUAUGACAUAUUUUCCGUUAAUUUCGCCCAUGCUUACAUAUCAGGCCUUAAUUGA